AACGACCGAUCCCGGCGAUUCACGGAUGGCUCGACAAUCUGGGAACCUUCGAUCGGUUGAUACCCCUGCUGCCCAACUACAUCGGAGUGGUCUGCAUCGAUCUUCCCGGACAUGGAAGAUCCGCUCACCUUCAACAGGGAAUGCGCUACGCCGUCUACGAUUACAUGUAUGUCAUCCCUCGAGUGAUGAAGGAGUACGGCUGGUCGAAGGUCUCGUUAAUGGGUCACUCAUUGGGUGGCAUCUUAAGCUUUAUUUACACGGCAUUGGCACCACAUACAGUGGACAUGGUCAUUUCCCUGGAUAUAUUAAUGCCGUGGGAACCGGUCUCCAAAACGGUUCUGCAAAAUUUGGCCAACAGCAUGGAAAAGCACCUGGUGGAAGAGGACCGUCAGGAGAAGGGUAACAUGCACGAGCCUCCCUUCUACACCCUCGCAGAGCUGACCAAGGUUUUGGCCAAAGGAAGUUACAACUCGGUGACCCCAGAGUAUGCCAAACACCUGCUUCACCGGCAGGUGUUGAGAUAGAUAGAUAGAUAGAUAGAUUCUACUUCUCCAGAGAUGGCCGAGUAUAAACAAAUGCUAAUGCAAUCUGAAGUUCCUGAGGGGCUGGUGAAGCUUAUCCGGAGAAAACCCUACCUGAUCAUAAAAGGGUCAAAUUCUCCAUUUCUGGGAGCUGAUACCGAAAAGGCAAUUGCCAUCUUACGCCGAAACAAUCCGCACUUUGAGUUCUACGAGUUUAAAUAA